AUGGCACCUGUUCAAAUCCCACCGUUCGAGGCCACGGCCAUCGACUCGAUCCCCAGCACGGUCAAUCGCAUCAAAACCACAUACCGUUCGCAAAAGACAAAGCCACUUUCAUAUCGAUUGACGCAGCUACGCAAGCUAUAUUGGGGCCUUGUGGACAAUACCGAUGCCCUCAUCGAGGCAUGCAAGCAGGACCUGGGCAAACCGAUCUUCGAAACGGUCAUCUCGGAGGUAGAUUGGUGCAAGAAUGACAUUAUGUUCAUUACCAAGAAUUUGGAAAAGUGGAUGAAGGAUGAAACUGCGCCGGACAUCCCUCUCACCAACCGACUUGUCAGCCCCAGAAUCAGGAAAGAACCUCUUGGCACGAUCCUAGUUAUAGGUGCAUACAACUUCCCCGUGCAACUCUCACUUGGCCCCUUCAUUGGUGCUAUUGCAGCUGGCUGCACCGGUGUUUUGAAGCCCUCAGAAGUUUCUCCCGCAACGGCAAUGGUCUUGAAAACGAUCUUUGAGGAAUACCUCGAUCCAAAUGCGUUUGCCGUUAUCAAUGGUGCCAUUCCAGAGACAAACGCACUACUCAAUGAGAAGUGGGACAAGAUCUUCUAUACAGGAAGCGCCCAAGUCGGCACAAUUGUUGCAAAGAAGGCUGCCGAGACAUUGACCCCAGUUACUCUUGAACUUGGAGGCCGCAACCCAGCAAUUGUGACAAAAAAUGCUGACCCCCGUCUUGCGGCUCGCCGGCUGUUAUGGGGCAAGGUUCUCAACGCUGGUCAAGUUUGCAUUAGCCAGAACUAUAUCAUGGUUGAGAAGGAAAUACUUCCGGCAUUUAUAGAACAACUGAAAAUAGCACUCAAGGAGUUCUUCCCUAAUGGCCAAAAAGCAAGUCCCGACUUUGGCAGAAUCGUCAAUAAGCGACACUUUUUACGAAUCAAGAAGAUGGUCGAUGAUUCCAAGGGAAAGAUUUUGAUUGGCGGAGAAAUGGAUGAAUCCGAAAACUUUAUUGAGAUCACUGUGGUUCAGGUUAAUGAUAUUAAGGACUCUAUGAUUGUUGAUGAAUCAUUUGGCCCCCUUAUUCCUGUUCUUGCUAUUGAUAAUGUGGAGGAGGCGAUUGAGACUGCUAAUGCGGUCCAUUCAACGCCUCUGGGUCUCUAUGCAUUCGGUUCUAAAAAGGAAACAUCUAAACUCCUUGACAACAUAACCUCCGGCGGAGCCUCAAUCAAUGAUUCUUUCUUCCAUGGCUCUAUCCCUACCCUCGCCUUCGGUGGAGUAGGCGACUCAGGCCAGGGCGCUUAUCGAGGCAAAGCCUCCUUCGACACCUUCACCCAUUGUCGCUCCGUAACCACCACUCCCGGUUGGAUGGAGAAGCUGCUCGAUGUCAGAUAUCCUCCCUAUGGUGACGCUAAAUUGAAGCAAUUCAAGAGAAUGAGUGACAAGAAACCUAAUUUUGAUAGGGAAGGGAGGGAAUUCAGGGGGCUGGGGUAUUGGUUGACUUUUUUAGGAGCACUGGGGGGUGAGAGCGCCAAGGGGGCGGUCGUUAGGUGGGCGAUUGUUGCGUUGAUGGCUGCGGGUGCGAAGAGGUUCUGGGACAUUCCUGGGCAGUUACCAUGGUUGAAGUGA